UCCAUUGAAAGUCUCUCAAGGGUUUUGUUUGUAUUUCUAUUUCUUCUUCAAUCUGGCCGCGCUUAUUGCAUUCAUUUUCUUUCCUUUUGGAGGAAGGGUGUAAAGUUGCGAACGCCGAUUGUAUGAUUCUUUGAAAAUCAGGGCAUUCUGUAAAUUUUCGUUUCGCCAUUUGAUGCAUUGGAACCAAUCCUCUUGUGCGUGCCUGUUCGUUCUCUCUCUCUCCCUCUCUCUCUCUCUUCUUUCUCUUUCUUGGGAGAAUCGAAUUACAUUAAGGUGCAGUGAUAGCAAUUCGCCGGUGAAUUCAUGGCCUGUAUUCAGGACUGUGAGUACAUUUUUGUGUUGCAUAAAACAAGGAUUGGAGAAAUGUGGUCGUCUUGAUGCAACGGCACAUUUGUAUGGUUCAUCAUGAAUUUGACACAAAGAUUUCAGAUUACUUCUAAAGUGGUCAUGGUUAGGCCAUGAAAAUGGAUGAAAAAGAUAGUGACAGUAAUCCGGAUUGGUUGUACGAAAAAAAUCGAAUGGAGGUGUUAAAUCAAUUGUCUCAGGAAGCACUUAGAAUAGCUGCCGAUGCAUUUCCACUUGUGUCUCCUGGUAGUCCGGAUUUCAGUGCUCGAAUCACUGAGGGACCGCCGAGGCAUAGGCGAGCUCAUAGUGAAAUAAUCCCUUCAUUGCAUAGGAACAACAGUAGCUCUAGUAAUCUCCAAAAAUGGAAGUCUCACAUGCAAAGGGCUUUGAACUGGGGCAGUCAGAGUUUUCGUGAAGAUAAUCGUUAUUCUUCUUUUGAUCCUGAGAUUCUGGCAUAUCAGAAAAGGCAGUGGUAUCAACUUAAAUCAAAAGCAAGGGACCAAGAAAAAUAUAAAGAGCCAAUCAAGCUUUUUGAACACUUCGUUGUUGUGGGGCUCCAUCCAGAUGCCAAGCUUGAGGCUGUUGAGGAUGCAUUCAUCAGGAGAAAGAAAUGGGAGCAUGAAAUGCGAAGUGCUGAAGUGUCAGAUUACAACAUACGGCGUCGACGGCCAACAUUUCCAACUUUGGAGCCUGAGGUUCUAUUUCAGUAUCCUCCCAGAAAGAAGCUGACUUUGAAUACAAAGGAUUUGUCUGCAUUUUGCUUUCCUGAAGGCAUCAAGGCACACAUUGUGGAAAGAACACCAUCAUUGAGUGAGUUAAAUGAGCUUGUUUAUGGACAGGGACACAUGCACAGAGAUGAUCUAUCCUUUAUAUUUUCUCUUAAGGUGGCAGACAGCGCAACACUGUAUGGUGUUUGCUUGCAUGUACAAGAGGUUGUACAGAAACCGCCUAUUGUUUAUGGCGUUGCACCUCUUUCCCAAACAAAGUCUAGGCGCAGUAGGUUUUUGAUGUCUGCGCCACGCUGUUAUUGCAUCUUAACCAGAGUACCUUUCUUUCAGUUACACUAUGAAAUGUUGAAUAGCAUCAUUGCACAGGAACGUCUCAAUCGGAUCACUAAGUUUGUCACUGGAGUGGCUGCUGUUGAUGGCGCACUUUCACACUCUAUGUCAAAGAACCAUAUAAAUGCAAAUGUCGACCCACCUGACAAUGAAAGUGACACCAACUGGAUGGCUUCAGCAAUUCCACUUGAGAGUGCAGGAGCUCUUGCUGCAGCAGCAGCGGGUAUUAUUUCAGAUGAGGAUGUAUCCUCUGGACAGGAAUUGCAUUCUCCAGGGAGUGCUGCCAGUGACACAUCAGAUCACUGCCAACUUAGGGAGUUAGACAAGGAUAACAAGAAUUUGCCUGCUUCUGAUGAAUCAACCUCUGAGCCAUCAGGAUGCCAAUCCAGCAGUGGCCAAACUCCAGAUGCUAGCCCAUAUAUCUGCCCCGGGAAGCAAUCACCAGACUGUCAAAGUUUUGAGUCAUUAUUUAGCCCAGCUGGAAAUAUGUCAUCGGAGGGAGAGGAUGAUCCCUUAUACAACAAUGAUGAAGAGUUUAGAGAUGAUAUCAUCAUGGAACGGGCAAGAGAGAAUAAAAAUGAUAUGCUACAGAUAAUUUGUAAAUAUCAUUCUAUGCAUCUUCCAGAAAGGGGAAGUAAAAUAAUUUUUCAGCCACUGGAGCAUCUGCAGUCCAUUGAGUAUCAACGACCUUCUAUUUCUGCCCUUGGCCAGGAUGAGAAGUAUAUUGAUUGUAAACUUCACAAUUCUGAGGAAGCUUCUCAGGUCAAAUUAAAAUUAGCUGCUGCAGAGGAAGCUGUUACACUCUCUCUCUGGUCAACGGCUGCACUGUGCAGAGUUCUUUCUCUUGAGAGUGUUUUGGCUUUGAUUACUGGUGUAUUAUUGGAAAAACAAGUGAUUGUCCAGUGCCCAAAUCUGGGUAUCCUAUCAGCUGUGGUGUUGUCUCUUAAUCCCAUAAUUCGUCCAUUUGAAUGGCAGAGUCUAUUUCUUCCUAUUCUGCCAGGGAAAAUGCUGGAUUUUUUGGAUGCCCCAGUUCCUUUCAUUGUUGGUGUACAAUCUAAACUGGCUGAUCUUAAGAUGAAAGCUUCAAAUCUAGUUUAUGUUGACGUGCUUGAAAACAAGGUGAAAACUUUUAACUUACCUCAGGUUCCUCGACAUAAGGAUCUUAUUAAUCAACUUCGACCGAUCCACUCCAAGCUGUCGUAUGAAGAUCCUCUUACUAAAAAACAUCCAGCAUACAAAUGCAGUGAAGUGCAGGCUGAAGCUGCUACCCAAUUUCUGUGUGUAAUGAGGUGGUACUUGGAAUCACUAUGCGCCGAUUUGCGGAUGCACACAAUUACAAGUGUUCAGAAUAACGAUAAGGUUGCUUUACUUCUCAAGGAUAGUUUUAUCGAAUCUUUCCCCCCUCGAGACCAGCCUUUCAUUAAGUUGUUUGUCGAAACACAGCUAUUCACUGUCUUGUCUGACUCUCGUCUUUCGAGCUAUGAGAACGAAUAGGCUUACAAGCAGCAAAGUUUUAGAAGAAUGCCGUCUGAAUUAAAGAGAAUUUCGAAGAAAGGUUCGAUUUUGAUUUGACAGUAAUGUAAUAUUUUUUAUAUGUAAGUAUGCUGGUCGAGAUCAAGAUCACAAAGUAGCCGUUUUAUAGCAGCUUCACAGUGAAAAACACAAAUGAUAUUUUUGCUCUGCUUCAAUACCUCCUCGACCGUUGCUUGGAGGUUUCCGAUUAUUUGUACUUAAAACUUUGUCAGUUUUUUUUUUUUUUUCUA